AUGUGGCUCACAUCUCUGCAAAUUGUGUUUAUUCUCAUCGCCUCUGCUGUUGCCCAGUAUUUUCCAGCAGAGCCAAAGAAUGUCACAGUGGUGAAGUCUCAAAUCCAAGACGGCGUGUUUGUCUCCUACAAAGAGCCUGGACUAUGCGAAACAACACCGGGGGUGCGGUCAUACGCUGGCUAUGUCCAUCUGCCUCCAGGCAUCGUUGACGAUUUGGGAGUCUUUCAAAAUUACACCAUCAACACAUUCUUCUGGUUUUUCGAAUCUAGGAAAGAUCCCGCCAAUGCUCCACUCUCCAUCUGGAUGAAUGGGGGUCCAGGAAGCUCGUCAAUGAUUGGUCUGCUUCAGGAGAACGGCCCAUGCAAUGUCAACUACGAUUCGAACUCGACAACUCUCAAUCCAUGGUCUUGGAACAAUGAAGUGAACAUGCUCUAUAUUGAUCAACCAAAUCAAGUCGGUCUCGGCUAUGACGUCUUGAGCAACGGCACGCAGGAUCUGCUAGAUCCUUCUGGUGAUGUGAUAAUCAGCGAUUUCCCCGACGGAGUCCCGGAGCAGAACAACACGUUUCUGGUCGGCACAUUUCCUAGCCAGAUGAUCAACUCAAGUGUCAAUGGAACAAGCAACGCAGCAAGAGCUCUGUGGCACUUUGCACAGGUCUGGUUUCAAAAUUUUCCCGAUUAUAAACCUAAUGACGACCGUGUCAGCAUUUGGACGGAGUCUUAUGGUGGAAAGUACGGACCCGCCUUUGCAGCAUUUUUCCAAGAGCAGAAUGAAAAAAUCGCGAAUGGGACCUGGACCGAUGUGGGCGAGACGCACCCGAUCCAUCUUGACACGCUGGGUAUCAUCAAUGGUUGUGUUGAUUCUCUUGUUCAAGAGCCUAGUUAUCCUGAAAUGGCGUACAACAAUACCUAUGGCAUCGAAGCGAUCAACAAGACUGUCUACGAGGAGGCGGUGGCUGCGUUCACUGCUCCCGGUGGAGUUCGCGAGCUGAUUGAGACAUGCCGUCAGCUUGCGGCAGAGAGCGACCCGGAAAAUCAGGGAAAUAACGUGACCGUCAACGAGGCAUGCGUGAAUGCGAGCGAUGCGACAGGGGAUAUGGAGGGACCAUACACCGUGUACUCUGGGCGAAACUACUAUGACAUCGCUGCCAUCGAUCCAGAUCCAUUUCCUCCCAAUUAUUACAUUGGCUGGCUCAACCAACCCCACGUCCAACAAGCGUUGGGCGUCCCAGUCAACUACACUAACCCGGGAGGAAACGCUCCUUACUAUGGAUUCGAAUUGACAGGCGACUACGUCCGCAGCGGCCAUCUCGAGGAGCUCUCUAGCUUAAUCGAAGACGGAGUCAAAGUCGCACUAGUCUAUGGCGAUCGAGACUACGCUUGUAACUGGAUUGGCGGCGAGGCAGUAUCCCUGGCCGUCAACUAUUCACAAUCAGCAGCAUUCGCGUCCGCGGGAUACGCGAAUAUCACUGUCAACUCGACGUACAUCGGAGGCCUGGUGAGACAGCACGGGAACUUCAGCUUCUCUCGCGUCUUCAACGCCGGGCAUGAGGUCCCCGCGUACCAAGCCGAAACUUCGUAUGCACUAUUCCACCGCGCGAUCUUCAACCGCGACAUUGCCACUGGCGACCUCGACACGGCGAAGAACGCGAGCUAUUUCACAACGGGCCUCGCCGACGCCUGGUCCGUGAAGAAUGUCGCCCCAGAAAGCGAUCCGCCCGUGUGCUACUCCUACAAUCCGGGUGCCACCUGCACUGACGAUCAGCUUGAGAGCAUUAUCAAUGGCAGCGCUGUGAUCCAGAACUACAUCCUCAUUGACAAUUACACGUCGCAACUGUUCCCAGGGCUUGUGAACUCGACAAGCUCCGAUCAGGGACGAGCGAACGGGACCACAACUGUUACUGGAACGGCAAGUACAGGCGGGACGGCAGCAGCUGGCAAUGAGGGAAUUUUCGUGCAAGCACCCGGCUUGGUUGCUUGGACGUCUGCAUUAAUUGCUGUAGCAGCCAUUCUGCUCUAA